UUCUGAGCCCAGUCCUGAGGGGGGUGCUCAAGCCCCCUCAGCCCCCCCCCUAAAUACGCCUCUGCAGAUCUAGUGUUUCCUAGCCUGUUGGGUUGCAGAUCUAUCCACAUUGUUCCACGUUGUUAGAAUAUACGAUUCAUAAACUAGAAAAGGACGGAAUAAACUGAGUAAAAGCCUAAAAGGAUGUGUGAAAGGUCAUUUGAGUCAUUUCAGGCUAAUACUUAGUAAUUUUAAAAUCUACUAGGCUAGCAUUUGAUUUGUAGAUCUAGAUCUAGGAUAAUUAAUGUCAAAUGUCAGCUCCUUUGUUGAUAGAGCUACUGUACAUUAUUUAUGUCUUCAUAACAUGCAAAGGAGAGGAAGACAUCAAAGCUGAUUCAGUAUUAGUAAUGGGAGGAGGGAGUUUCAUUGGGUAUCACAUCUCGCUCAGACUAGUCAAAACAGCAAGAGUGAUUUCUUUGGAUAGUUUUACUGACAGGAAUCUAAUUGUGAUGCAAAGAGCCAAACUCAUGAAUGAAAAAGGUGUUUUGGUCCUUGAUGAUACUACUAAUUGUGAAUCAUAUUUGCUGGAGGAUUUAUUCUCUCAAUAUUUAAUUAAUAGUGUUGUAUACAGUUCAAGCGACAAUUCUAAUAUUUGUAAUAACAAGUAUGAUGCCUCAUGCAUCUCAACUGAAAUAAAAUGCUUAGUUAGACUCUUAGACAUCUUGAGAAGGAAUAAACAAGUUAAAUUUGUUUAUUUCUCAAGUGUCUGUGUACUGGAUGAUACUAGUAACAGCUUUUCACCAUUUACUGCAAUCAAGUCAUCAGCUGAAGAUAUGGUUAUGUCAUAUAUCAAUGAGUUUGAUGUACAAGGAGUAAUGAUCAGGAUUGGUGGCAGUAUGUAUGGACCUUGGAGUGAUCCUGACUCUAUAGUACAUUCAAUUGCAACUGAGCUUUAUAAUAACAACACAAUUAAACUCUCUCAUUGGUACUCUUUGGUGAAGAUUCGUUUUAUUCAUAUCAAUAAAUUGACAAAACUAGUGGAUCAAAUGCUUAAUAAAAACACUUUGUCUCAUCACAAAGCUGUUACUCUAAUGAAUGGGGAUAUGCUACUGCUCAGCAAUGUUGUUAAGCUAUUAAAAAGGCAUAUCACAGGCCAUAGUAAUUUUCAAAACAAAGUUAAUAUUACUUUUUCUGAAGUUAUUUGUGGACUGAUGCAACAGCCACAAGAAGAUUAUGACCAGUCGUCAAUUGAAGAAGGAUUAAAAGAUUUUUUGAAAUGGUAUGAGGCUUAUAUCAAAGAACUGAAAUAUGAAGACCCAAACAGUAUCAGAUUUGUUCCUGAUGCUGCGUAUGCUUUUAAUGUAAAGAACAGGCACUUGAAUAAAUUGGGAUCAAAAUUUAGGAAAAGGCAUAAACUGAUCAGGAAAAAAUAUGAGCUGGAUGCAGAAAAGCAUAACAUUGAAGUUGCCAAGAUUCCUCUGAAAAAGAAAUUCAUAUUUUUUAAAGGUUUUGACUCAGGCGAUACUAAUAGAAUAAUACCAGGCCUUUCUCUUAAACAAAUGAAGAAUAUUUGUAGCUCUGUGUAUGAAUGUGUGGCCUUUACAGCAGAAGGUCACUUUAAAACAAUCAUACAACCAGACUCACAAUGGAAGAAAAUAAAUACCUCAAGUACUGGACUGUAUGUAGCUGAUAUUGAUGUGUGCGCUGCCGGUCUCCAUAAUUGCAAUGAGAAUGCUAUUUGUCAUUACUUGGGGCCUGCACAGUUUAAGUGUGAGUGUUCAUUAGGUUGGAAGAUGCACAACAAGUUUUGCGUACCAAUGAUUAGAGAAGGUUUGUUAACACCAAUUGAGGAAUAUUAUCGACUAAUAGAUAUUAUUGAAGGACGUCAAGAUGUGACAAGAAAUGCUUCUUUUAUUGAAUAUAAGAACUUAAUGUCUGCAGUCAAUCCUUACAAUGAUAUUGUUGUGACUGAUUUCAAUGGAGACAUUAAUGUCUUAAAGGGAGCUUGUCUUAAAACAUAUCAUUGCAUUGGGUUCAGCAGCACUGGUGUACUCAAGAUGGAGAUUGAGCCCUCAAAUAAAUGGACAAUAGUAAAGAACGAGAGCCUCUUUGUAUUGGAUAUUGACCUAUGUGCUGUCUCUGAUAGAUGCAGUAAACCACAGAAAUGUCGCAAAUCAGCCCCUGGACAGUAUCAGUGCUUUCUUUGGUGAAUUCGUUACCCAUUUUUCAAUGUCAAUGCAUUUUGCAUCUGAUAUUUACCCUUUUUUGUAUUAUAAAAAAUAAUUAUUAUUUAUUUUUGAAAUUUUAAUCUAGUCAGUGUCAUUAGUGAGUCCAAAGGUGGAGGGCUUGGAGGCGGAGUCACAUCACCUCCAAUGAUAUCGUCGUGAGGCCAUGAGAAAUGUCUGUAUCUUCCUGACAACCUUGAACUAAGUCUUUGUGUUGCUGCUGGCGUUGCAGUUUUAGCUCGGUCUAGUUUAGGAAAUUUCAUGCCAGUAGCAGUGAUGUGAUUGUUAUCAAAAUGGUCUCUGGGCUUCAAUGAUGAUCUUGUCAUGCUGUCUCUGUAGUCAUCUUCACUGUUGCUGUUCUUUAAUAGUCUUAGAUUCCUUCCCACUGAUCUCAAUGUCAAUAUGCUGUCAGCCCCGCCCUCAGUUUUCACCGGUCCUCUUUGCAUUUGUCUUGAGUAGGUCCUAAAGUUAUGUGCUUUCAUCCACACAGAGAGUAUCCUGUCUCCGCAGACUUUUUCCUUCUCAUAUUCACUACUCCAGUAACUGCUCAGGCUAUAUCUAGUCCCUAGUGGUGGAGGAGGAGGCCUGCUGUUGAGACGGAAAGAGGCAGACAUAAAGCGUUGCCUGCAAAGACGCUUUAAGUUGUUGGGUGGAGCUGGAGCUCAACGCCCACGCACAAAAA